GGGCGGCGGCGACACACACCGGAGCGAAUAUUAGCGACUAGCGACUGCGUGAUCCAUUAAUGAAAUACCCAAGCUUAUCUCAACCUGAAAAUCUAGACCACAGGAACCGUAUACGAGUCUGCUAACGAAAGCAUACUUUUAUUACGACUAUAAAGAUAUGCUUAACUUGACUACCAUGUAAUUAAAGUCACACAAUCAGAUAAUUAAUCGUGAUUUUCAUGAGUAAACCAAGAGAUCUUUACAUCGCACCGAAGAUUGCAGCAUAUGCCAAUCAUCAAAAACAGGGUCAGACAGAGCGUCGCGGCCACUGUGCUGCGAACAGCAUAUGGCUGAGCAACGUUUAUUCAUUUAGUGUUUGGACAUAACCUCCAGGGUUCAUUCUUUAGCGACCUCAUUUAAGGGCUCCAACAUGAUGAAGCGCUGUCUCGGAUAUAUACUCCUGACGACCAUGGCGUGUUCUAUGAUAACAUACUACUUCAUGAAUCCACAAAUAGCCGAGUAUUCCUUCCGGUUGGAUAGUAUAUCAGAGCCCUCAACCACUCACCAUUUUCCUUGGUGGCGUGAGGUCUUGUGUGACGGAACAAAUCAACAAGGUUCCUGGAUGUUAGAAUUGCCCUUGCUACAGAGAGACGUUGAACCUCCUGAAAGUGAUGACAAUAUCUUCCUCGUCGAAACAGCGUGUAAAACGACGCCUUCCUUUCGCGUUUGGUGUGCCAUUGAAAGUUGGAGUAGACAAAAUCCUUCUUCCCAAGUCUGGUACGUGAUGACGUCCCUGACAGUCAAUGACACGGACGGCCUCGUGUCACGCCUACAGGAGCAGUACAGCAAUCUCAGAAUCGUCGGCGCGGAUGUCGAGAAGAUCUUCAAUGGCACUGGCCUGUACGGUCUCUUCUCGUCCAGGAAGUGGAUCAUGAAUGCAAAAUGGCCGGCGGUGAAGCUGAGUGACCUUAUACGAGUGGCUCUCUUGUGGCGCUGGGGCGGCUUCUACACGGACACGGACACGGUCUGCAUCAAGGACGUGUCCCCGCUGCGCAACGUCAUAAGUUUUAGCAACAGUAAACGGACUUUGAUCAGCAACGGGGCUUUUCAGUUCCAUCAUCACCAUAAGUUCCUCGAGCUCUUGAUGGAAGUGCAAACGAAGGGCUUUAAGAACCCUCAACAGCCCGCGACCUGGGGAUCCCUCGGCCCUGAAGCCGUGAGCACCGUCGCCAAGAAGCUGUGCAACGUCAAGAACUUCAUGAAUUUCACCGGAAGCAAAGACGACCCCGUAGAGUGUGAGGACUUGACCCUCCUGCCGCCGAAGUACCUCCUGCCCCUGGACUGGACGCAGAACAAGAGGCUCUUCGCCAAGGGCUCGGGAGAAUACUUCUUUAAGCUCCUUAUAUCCCUUGCCUCCAAGCACCCUCUCCUUUCCCCAGAAAUUCAACUCCACCUUCGUGAUCCACAUGUUCAGCGCCGUGACCAGCAACAGGAAAGCCCACAUCGGCGAGAACAGCAUCUACGAAAUCGCAGCGAAGACGUUUUGUCCUGUCACUUUCAAGCACGCGACAGCAGAGUCCGAUACCUUCUGAUGACUUACUGUGAUCAAGAUGUUUUUUAUAAUAUAUUUUUGUAAAAAAAGUGGUACAUGCCUAAGUCUCCGUGCCUUAUAAUGUUUACGAGAAGAGAUGAGAGAUUUCAUGAUGGUUGUUGCUAAGACUGUAAGAUAUGAAAUAUUUAUUUAUUAUUAUAAAUCUUCACACACACGCACACGCAGACACACACACACACACACAUAUAUACACACCCACACACACACACACACACAUAUAUACAUACACAUACACACACACGCACAUACAUACACACCCGCGCGCCCGUUUAUAUUUUGCCAUUUUACAUAAUAGUAAGAGGCGAUCUAAUAGAAACUUUCUUAUUAAAAAAAAAAGUCUUAUUGAAAUCUCAUUUUCCUUUAUCUCCUACUUUUAAGAGAGAUGCAUCAUUCCAGAAACAUUCCAAAUACGAGACAAAUCUCCCACCCUGUUAACUGCGGGAAAUUCUUUUCAGUGGUGGACGCGAUGCCCUAAAGGGAGGUUCUUGUACUAUGCCCGCUAGUGAUGGCAAAGAGAAAUAAAUAAAUAGAUAACUGAAAAUCUAAAGAACUGCUAUGUCACAGACUGCAAGUAAAGCACAAGGCAGACACUACACUUACCUGGCAGAUUCUUAACUGGAAUAUGAUGAGCAAAGUCUAAUAAUACUAGGGAAACAUGGACUAUACGCCAGUUGUUACUUGAUUUUGUACAAUACAUUGGCCUUAGAACUCGUAAUGAAAGAUUGCAUCUGGAAGUGUCUGAAAUGUUCCGAGUCUCGUCGGAAAAUAUGUCACUUGAUUGAAUUUUUUUUUGGUUUGAUAUAUUUAUACUACAACUGACGACACUGAAUUUACCGAAUGAAUACUCUGCUUACCACACACACACACACACACACACACAGACACACACACACACACACACACACACACACACACAC